AUGGCCACCUCAUUGGUCAAGACUCAGGCCACGUUCCUUGGCUCUGCCUACCAGACCCGUGACAAGCUCAAGGCUGCUUACCCGGAGCUGGCCGAGGAGGGUGCUGUGGAAAUCGUGAUCAUCAAGACCACCGGCGAUAAGAUCCUGAACCAGCCUCUCGCCGACAUUGGCGGAAAGGGUCUGUUCACCAAGGAAGUCGACGAUGCUCUUCUGGGCGGAGCGGUCGACAUUGCCGUGCACUCCAUGAAGGAUGUGCCAACAUACCUUCCGGAGGGGACUAUCCUUCCUUGCAAUCUUCCGCGUGAGGAUGUGCGAGAUGCGUUCAUCUCUCUCACCGCCAAGUCCCUGGCUGAGCUUCCUGCUGGCAGCGUUAUUGGCAGUGCAUCCCUCCGCCGGCAGUCGCAAAUCCUCCACCGCUACCCUAGUAUGAAGGUGGUGAAUUUCCGCGGUAACGUGCAAACCCGUCUGCGGAAGCUGAACGAAGGGGCUGUGCAAGCCACUCUGCUGGCCCUAGCUGGUCUGAAGAGGUUGAACAUGACCGAGCACGUGACCGCCAUCCUUUCCACAGAAGACAUGCUUCCAGCCAUCGCUCAGGGCGCCAUUGGCAUCGCCUGCCGCACUGGCGACACCAAAAUGGUAUGUCCUCGCAUUCAAUCGCUAAGCAUGAGGGGUCCUGUCUAUGUUGGAUGGGGUGGCGCCUGCCGUAGGGAAUGA